AUGUUGUUUGAGUCAAAACAACAGCUGUUGUCGCGGGAACCAGACGCGGGCAAUUCUAAGAUAUGUUCCUCCCUGCUGUUUGGGUUUUGUGCCGUCAAUCUCAAGGGGGGUGGCAAGGGGGGUUACCCCACGAGCAACAUUGACCCGCUUUCGGCUGUGAUACGUGGGUAUGAAGUUCAUUUCCCAGAGGAUGACAAGACUGUCUGCGACCGGGUUCGAGGUGAGCUGAGCAUGCUGUCAGUUCUGAGAGGCCCGCGUCUUCACCAACUCUUUGAGAAUUGGCUUGAGCGUCACAACGCGGGGAGUUUGCUUAAGUUUUGGGUGGAAUGUGACGAAUACAACAGCUAUGCGCAAAGAUCGGCGAGGCAUGCGAAGCUCCAGCCUCGCGCCCUGAGCAUCUACCAGCCAGCAGCUCUCAGCCCCGUGACCGUUUCACGCCUUGCGCGGUACGCUUGUUUCUUUUCGAUCACGUGUUGCUUCCAGAGGUACUUGAAGCCCGGGUGCGCGCCCAACAAGUUGGAGCUGGACGUAGGGACCUGCGAAGACAUCGCCGAGACCUUGUACUCUCGGGGUAAGGCCGCCGGAGGGGGUGUGACCUUCAAGCUGUCGCGCAAAAGCGAUGGCCUGCACACAAUUUUUCACAGAGCCAUGCGGAAGACGUUCCAAACUCUUCUGUUGGACUACUUACCGGAUUUCCUAGCCUCGCAGCCCGCAGACUUCUGGCAGGGUCUUGCAGACAUGGGCACCAACGGGGAAGGGGGUCACGACGGGCUGGCAGGGGGAGAAGGCAGGGUGAUAAGCGGCGGCCCUCCUGCCGAUGCAGGGCAGAGGGGCCAACAGCCCCCACAGAUGAAGAAGGUGUGCACAUUCUUUCAAAUGGCGAAGAACCUCGCCGAACGGCUGGCUAGUGAAAUAUGUCAGCUCCAGCUAGUAGACGCUGAACGCGAGAGUACACUCUCGUUCGCGGGGACCCCCGAUAACGGGAUCGCGGAGAGGGCAACCCGGAAAGGUCCGAAUGUCACGGCAAAGGACGCCUUUCUUGAGCACCCAAAGACAGCGUUCCACAUCAAACGGUAUCUGGCCAGCCUGUCUUCUAUGGGAGCCAGAAGGGGCGGCAGCGUGGACGUCGGCGAUCGAGACAUGGGCACCAGGUGCCUUGACUGCCUCGAGCAGAUUCGUGACUUUCAAAAGGCCACCACGGCGGAGCAGAGGCGAAAGCGCUGGGCGGUGAUCCGAAUGCGGUACUGCGGGGAAGGGGGAAUCUCCGCCCCGACCUUGGACGCAUUGGCAAUGAGCGCUGCUGCCGAUCGCAAGGACAACGAGGACAACAGAAAUCGACAUAACAGCAGUAGCAGAAUUCAGCCUUCGUCAUCACUAUCAGCGUCUGCGUCGGAGGAGUACCAGCUGGCGAGCAUGCUGGACAAGGCACACGACGAGAUUGUGGACAUGCUUAUGACGGAGCACCUUGCGGGCUACCAGAACGCUGGAAACUACACGGAGAGGAAAUCGGGCCGUAGUUUCCCGCCUACUGCUGCUGCUGCUGCCACGGCAGCUGCUGCCAUCACGGUCGCUGACCAAGCUGGGCACGAGGGAAACGCGCAGCCGGAGGCACGCCGGAGAUACUUGGGAGGCAGUGGCAGCGUCAAAGGAGGCGCAAGUGGGAAGAGAGAGCCGAUCAGAGACCCAACCGCGCGACCGGCGAACGCCCAGACACGAAAGAGGGAGUCCUACAAGCUUCCCGAGACGCGCCGGCACAGCAGCAGCGACGAGAAUUCUCCGCAAAGACCAAAUUUUAACGGCAGCAUUGGGAGCAGUACCUUCCGACUGAUCAGCCCGGGGGUGCCAAGGAGAAGACGUACCGAGGGGGGCGGCGUUAACCUUGGAGGUGGCACCGUUACGACAGUGGGAAAACCUGUUCGCAGGUGCAUUACCGAAGCGUCAGGCAGUGCGUGGAGCAUACGGGCCCAGGAAAACAGCGGCCGGGAGAUAUCCCAAUCGAGGCUAGCGGUACUGCCGCCGUUAAGUAAGGCAUCGAGAUUCCCCCAGGCUGUUAUCGAUGACGGUGCCGUCACUCCUCUCACCUCCCCUGUCGUCGGUGCUGAUCCUGGAGGGGCUGAUAUUGGCAGUAAAACUCACACGGGUGAUGACGGAUACAGCACGGGAAGCAAGGAGGAAAACGCUCAACACCAGAAUUAGCAGCAGCAACAGCAGAACAGGCGGCGAUGCGAGCCUUUAGAGCACCCUCAUCGCACAGCGCAUCUCCUAUCUCCCGACCGAACGGGAAAAUGUAGCCGGGGCUUGUGGGACGCCUUUGAGCAGGUGAGAGUGGCAACAGUCAACCGGAAGGACGACGAACCCCACGACACAGGGGAGGGCAAGGAGGACGGAGAAGGGUGCGAACGCGGACAGGAUGGGUGGGACUUAGUUGGCCGUGAGACGAGGGGCCUCGGGACAACCCGCGGCACCCACCUCCCGCAAAGCAAAAAUGCGGGGCGGAGAUACACGUUCUCGGGACCCUUCUACACGAUCGCCAACAGCGGUCG